AUGCCCCUGCAGGUAACCCUGCCCUGGCAUUCCGACAUGCAGCUGGCUGGCAAGCUGGUCCUCUCCGCCGCCGCUCUGCUCCUCCUGACUUUGGCGUACAGGUUUUAUAAGUCCCGCUCGCUUGCAGGGGGCAAAAUCCUGCCGGCCGACAUGGGAGGAGAGCAGAGGGAAAAUGCUGCCCGGGAUGGGGAUGGUGUGGCGGGUCUGCGACGGAGGUGGGUGUUUGGCAAGGAGGCGAGGAGGGGUGGUGGGGAUGGACGAGUGAGCGUCCCGGGGACAUGGCGCACGCCUCCCCGGGGGGAUCAAAGUCUGCCAAGGGGUGAGGAGGAGGAGGAGGAAGGAGAGGAGAGGGAUUCUGAACCCAUGGGGACACAGCGCAUGCCUCCCCGGGGGGAUCGAAGUCUGCCGAGGGAUGAGGAGGAGGAGGAGGAAGGAGAGGAGAGGGAUUCUGAACCCAUGGGGACACAGCGCAUGCCUCCCCGGGGGGAUCGAAGUCUGCCGAGGGGUGAGGAGGAGGAGGAGGAAGGAGAGGAGAUGGGUUCUGAACUGAGGCUGACUUGCAGGAGAGCAGGGAUAGCCAGGAGGGGAAGUGAGCUGGGAAGCAAGCGGGGAAGUGAGCUGGGAAGCAAGCUGGGAAGUAAGUUGGGAAGUGAGCCAGGAAUUGAGCCAGGAAGCAAUCCAGGAAGUGAGCCGGGAAGCAAGCUGGGAAGUAAGUUGGGAAGUGAGCCAGGAAUUGAGCCAGGAAGCAAUCCAGGAAGUGAGCCAGGAAGCAAGUUGGGAAGCGAACUGGCAGGAAAGCCAGGAAACGAGAUGGGAAGUGAGCCAGGAAGCGAGCUGGGAAGUGAGCCGGCAAGUGAGCCAGAAAGCAAGCCAGGAAACCAGCCAGGAAGCGAGCCGGGAAGUAAGCUGGCAAGCAGGCUAGGAAGCAAGCCAGGAAGCAAGCUGAGCUCUCAUGACCCCGGGGAUGCAGCCGAAACAUGGAGCAGCCGCGGGGAGGAGGGCAUGUUUGCCCCAAGCACCGGGCUUCCCCCCAGGAUUGCUCAUGCCCAGGUGGCAGGUGACGGACACGCCCACAGCACGGAGCAGGAUUUGGCUGGCAGAGGCGGGAGGCGGGAGGCCGAGGGACACAGGGGCACAAUCCAGACCCUCAGUGUCACCUCGGACUUGGGGCUAACGAUGACAGCGAGCAACGUGGGGUCGGAUGCCUCCUACUCUUUCUCCUCGGUCACGAAGAUCCAGGUGGAGGAGAACUACAUUGGUGAGCGGCGGGCAAAGGAUGGGGCCGGCCAGCCCGUCCCUAGCCUCAAAGGUAAAGUCUACGACUACUAUGUCCAAUCCAUCUCCCAGUCAGUGUCGAUGAAGAGGUCCCUCCCCUACAUCCCUCUGGGGAUAUCCCAGCGCCGCAGCUCAGAGCAGGUCAAUGCAGAGCUGCAGAGUUUUGCAACCCAGGAGCUGGACCCAACUUCAGCAACACAGGAUCCCACCACCUCCUCCGUAGCUCCACCACCUACAGGGAGCUUGGACAUCUCCCCUGAGCCACCGUCUCCUGGCCGCAAGAAAAGCAUCCUCCAGAUCGCUGACAGCCCCCACCUCCAGCUGCCCAUGGAGGGUUUUGGGGUCACAGCACCAGCUGGCACACAGCCUGCAAGCCCCAGGCCAGGGCUGGUGGCCAGUGCUGACCUCUUCCAAAUGCCACCCCACACACACCUGGACCUGGGGAACUGCUACGAUGUCCUCUGCACAGCCAAGGCACAGAAGCUUGGUCAUCUCCAGGAGGCUGCCUACAAGGUGAUGAGUGACAACUACCUUCAGGUGCUGAGGACACCCUCCAUCUACGGCCGCCUCAACGCCAGCGAGCGGGAGCUCAUCCUGCAGCAGAGGAUGAAGGGGAAGAUGUAUGUGGCUGUGGCAGACAUCAACAUGCAGGAGCCCGGCCUCCACACCAGCCGCCUCUGCUACUAUGAUGACAGAGGGGACUGCUGGCAUCACCUCUGCCAUGUGCCACCAGAGGUGGUCUCCAAGGGGUGUGCCAUGUGCAGCAUGUUCAACUACCUCUUUGUGGUGGCUGGCUGUGAGGGCAUGGGCCAGAUGCAGAGACCUUCCAACCGUGUCUUCUGCUAUGACCCUCUGACCAACAUCUGGAGGGAGAUCUGCCCCUUGAACCAAGCACGGCCGCACUGCAAGCUUGUGGCCUUGGACGGCCACCUCUAUGCCAUUGGUGGCGAGUGCCUCUACACAGUGGAGCGCUACGACCCCCGGCAGGACCGCUGGACCUUCACCGCACCCCUGCCCCAUGACACCUUUGCCGUGGCCCACACAGCUACAGUGUGUGAUGGGGAGAUCUAUGUGACGGGGGGCACCUUGCGCUAUGUUCUGCUGUGUUACGCUGCCCGCUCGGACAGCUGGAGGGUCUGCCCGGUUGGCGGUGGCAAGGACAGGACAGCUGAGAUAGUGAGCACGAACGGCUUCAUCUACCGCUUCGACCUCCACCGCAGCAUGGGCAUUGGUGUCUACCGCUGCGGAGCCAAGGCCAAGCUAUGGUACGAGUGUGCCGUCUAUGCCAUGCCCAACCUGUCCAGCUUCCAGUGCGCCGUGGUGGGCAGCCUGGUUCACUGUGUCGGCCGGCACUUCCACAUACGCUUCUUGGCCGAUCAUAUCUCACCACGCUUCGGGACCAAGGAGCUGCAGCCUUUCCCAUCACCCCGCGGCAGCCUCCUCCCAGCUGUCCUGGUGCUGCCGGAGGGAGGGAUGAUGCAAACGCAGGUCUGA